UUAGGAAACUGUGCGCAACCAAGUCAAGGAGAGAAGGAUUAGCGAGUAAGAGAGCGAACACAGGGCAAAGAGAGUGGAAGGAGGAGUUGUGGAGGGAAGGGGAUACUUUAGUUUCCAGUUUGGGUCUAACUACGAGGGGAUUUUCAUUCUGAAUCACAGGUUUUUGUCAUCAGCUGUUAAACCAGGUUUCCCUCUUCACCAUGACCAACCCCUGCACCUCCAGCUUUGGACUUCUCCUCCUGCUGAUUGGCUACACGGCGGCAGGGCCUGAUCCUGACCUGCGACUUCGCACGGUGCGUUCAAGUGCCUGUCAGGAACACACAAACCUCCACAACCGCCUGGAUGUCGUGGAAAAGAAAGUGGAGGACACAGUUGAAAAGCUGGAGGUUGAGCUGGCGACUCUUCUGGAUGUUAUUGAAGACCCUCAGUGGAGCCCCCUGUUGGACCACAUGGGGACGCCUGCAGAGGACAUCCUGGAGGACCCAGACCACCAGACCCCGUAGUGAACAAAGGGACUCUUAAAACCUGGAUUUGAAGCUUUAAAUAUCUAUUUUUACAUGAUUUAAUCACACACUUUAAAAUGUUUAUAUCAUAAAUGAGACGUGUCCUCCUGAGACCCUGGAAAGUAACAGUUUUGGCCAUUUUACAUUCACUGUAAAAAAAAAAAAAAAAAACAUAAAGUAAAUGGUUUUAUUCUGGUAGCAGGGGUGCCGAAAAUACUGUAAAAUAA